AUGACAAAACGGCUGGACCAGGCUCCGGUGGCCGCCCGGGAGGUGGUGGAGACAGCCGAUGGGCUAUGCAAGUUCCCAAGGCAGCGGCUGAGCUGGUGGCAGGCCCAGGAGUCCUGCGACCAGCGGUUUGGCCACUUGGCACUGGGACCUCCAGGUGCGGUCCUGGCUUCACGCCUGCCGGACCCCAACUGGGUGGCCCAAGGAAAGGCCCCUCUACAAAGAGCCCCACGGAGACAUGAGUGCGAACGAACCACGGCGGCGCUGGUGUGGUUCCGGGAGAGGACGCGGGACAGGGCGGCGCGGCUGCGGACACCGCUGCGGGCGCUGGGGGCGCUGACGGCGUGCUUGCAAGUGCAGUGGGGGGCCGCCGCGCCCCGCACCAGCCCCGACCCCGCCGCGCUCUCCUCUCUGGCUGUCCCCGCGCUGGCCAACGGGCUGCAGCCGCGCGCCUUCGCCGAGCCGGGAGGCACCGUGCCUGCGGCGCUCGCGGUGCGCGGGCACCACGCGCCCUUCCUCGUCGCCUUCCACGCGGACGGCCGCUGGCACCAUGUGUGUGCCACCUGGGAGCAGCGCGGCGGGCCCUGGGCGCUCUUCGCGGACGGGCGGCGGGGCGCGGGUGCGCGGGGACUGGGCGUGGGCCGGCCGGUGCCCCCGGGCAGCAUCCUGGUGCGGGGUCAAGAUCAGGACUCUCUGGAUGGGGGCUUCUCGGCGCACGACGCCUUCAGCGGCAACCUCACCGAUUUCCACCUCCGGGCCCGGGCACAGCCCGCGCAGCUGCAUCGGGCACGGGCCUGCGCGCCGCCCCCCGGAGGCCUGCUCUUCCGCGGGGACUUGGGCGCCCUGGACCCGACGCCCUCACUGGCGCUGCCGCCGGCGCGGGUGCGCCUUCUCUGUCCGGUGCCCUCAGAGGAGUGCCCUACGUGGGAGCCAGGACCCGCAUAGGGCUCUGCACCUUGCCUGCAGCCCAGGCCCUUCCUCUGCGGCUACGGCACAGGGGCUCCCCAGACCUAUCAGGACGCCCUCUCGUGGCCGGGCCAGGAUGUUACCAGCCGAGUCAACGCCUUGGCCAGCACCAUCGCGCUCCUCCCCGACCCCCUCUCUGAAGCCCUCGGAGACCUGUCCCUGGCCAAGGCCUCCAGCUUCCUGGGACCGGCCGCGCGGCUGGCUGUUGUGCACUUCCUGAAGAGGGUGACAGCCCUUGAGGCUGGGGAGCCAGAGCCCUCGACAGGACCCUGGCAGGAGCUGGGCCAGGGCGUUGUGUCUGUGGCCAGCCUGGUCCUGGAGGAGCAGCUGGCUGGUGCGUGGCUGUCCGUGAGCGAGGCUCAGGCACUCUGGGGAACACGAGAGGUGCUAUCCAGAGGCCCUCUGUUCCCUACCCCCAGCCCAGACACAGGGGGCUCCUGGGCCACCACUGGCUGCUCUGUGGCUGCCCUGUGCCAGGAGUCUACCGUCUGCUUCUGCAACCAUAGCACCAACUUUGCCUUGUGCCCUUGCCUGGGGCCAUACAUCUUCCUGGUCUACGCAGCCUACAAUGGGGAGGUCCGGAGCGCCCUGCAGAGGAUGGCUGAGAAGAAGGCAGCCGAGGUGCUCAUGCGGGCUCUGGAGAACGGACGAGACAAGACGGAAGCCGGCAAAGCCCGGGGAAGGCACCUGGAGCGGAGCAAGCCUCAGAUGUCGGCAGUGCUCACUGCUGCCACCAAGUGGCUGGGGAGGGGGAGGAGAGGGGAAGGGAUGACCUCUGACCUAAGGGACAUCCAGGCCCACCAGGAAUUCCCAAACCUCCUCCCCAGACCUGUGCUCCAGGCUCCAGGACAGACAACUGGGAGCGGGGAGCCGGAGGAGGGGAAGAGGGUGGCUCGCAGCCACCGCCUGGGGGCACUUGAGUGUCAGGCAAGUGCCAGUGGCUAG